GAACCGUGCCGAAGAAUGUCGAAGAGAAGCUCGGGCCUCGUUGAACUUGUUCGGGUGGUCUCGACCGCUCGGCCGUCAACACGCAAUGCCGUCGUUUCGCGUCGGGUUUACCACACACCAUCGGCCGGCCGGGAUGAUAAAAGUCCGUUCUUAUUGCGGCUGAUCAGUUGCUGUUCAGAACGUGGCGCGCGAACUGGUGUGCCUCAUCCGAAGAAACUCUCGUCCACACUGGCUCUAAAUCGGCUGUCCCUAAGGAGAUACUGCUGCAAGAAAGACACCGAGAACGACGACACCAUGGCUACCAAACGAGAUCCUGCCUCCGAGCAGCUGAACGACUACAAAAAGAACACGAAGGGAGAAUGUCCAACGGUGCUAUUAACCGGAAGUGGCGCGCCUAUCGCCGAGAAGAAGGCCAUUUUAACGGUUGGCCCACGCGGGCCCAUGCUAAUCCAAGAUUUUGUUUAUCUCGACGAAAUGUCGCACUUCGACAGAGAAAGGAUUCCGGAGCGCGUGGUGCACGCGAAGGGAGCAGGUGCUUUUGGGUACUUCGAAGUUACCCAUGACAUCACGAAGUACAGUAAGGCGAAGGUAUUUUCCCGCAUCGGGAAACGCACCCCCAUCGCCGUGAGAUUCUCCACUGUUGGCGGUGAGUCUGGCUCAGCGGACACUGUCAGAGAUCCACGCGGUUUCGCACUGAAGUUUUACACCGAGGAGGGCAUUUGGGACUUGGUCGGCAAUAACACGCCCAUCUUCUUCAUCAAGGACCCAAUAUUCUUCCCUAGCUUCAUCCACACUCAGAAGAGAAAUCCGGCUACCCACCUGAAGGACGCGGACAUGUUCUGGGACUUCAUCUCUCUGAGACCAGAGACGACGCAACAAGUCAUGUUCCUGUUUUCCGAUCGUGGUAUACCCGAUGGUCAUCGUCACAUGAACGGCUACGGAUCCCACACAUUCAAGCUGGUAAACGCUGAAAACGAGAUGGUCUACUGCAAAUUCCACUACAAGACUGAUCAAGGUAUCAAGAACCUUCUGGCAGAGAAGGCGGCGCAAUUGAGCGGCACCGAUCCCGAUUAUUCUAUAAGAGACCUUUACAACGCGAUCGCCAGUAACCGAUGUCCAAGCUGGACGUUCUACAUUCAAGUUAUGACUGCCAGCCAGGCGAAGACCUUCAAAUGGAAUCCAUUCGACGUGACCAAGGUAUGGCCGCACAAGGAAUUCCCGCUUAUCCCCGUCGGUAAGCUAGUGCUGGAUCGGAAUCCUGAGAGCUACUUUGCUGACGUGGAACAAAUGGCCUUUGACCCUGCUCACAUGGUACCUGGCAUUGAACCGAGCCCUGACAAAAUGUUGCAAGGCCGUCUGUUCGCUUACGGAGACACUCACAGGCAUCGUCUUGGCCCUAACCAUCUCCAAUUGCCCGUCAACUGUCCAUACAAAGCAAUUUCGGCGAUGAACUAUCAACGUGACGGCCUGAUGCCGCUGUAUAAUCAAGGCGGCGCUCCAAAUUACUAUCCGAACAGCUUCAAUGGACCAAAAGAGUGUCCAGCAGUUCGCUCGCCACAAUUCUAUGUGAGCGGAGACGUGGACCGCUACGAACCUCAGAACGAGGACGAUUUUGGCCAGGCGACCACAUUCUGGAGAGAAGUCCUCGACUCUGAUGCUAAGACCAGGCUGGUGAACAACAUGGUGAGCAGCCUGCGCAACGCGUCCACCUUCAUCGCAGAGAGAGCAGUGAAGAACUUCUCCGAGGUGGACGUUGACCUUGGUAGAAGACUGACCGAAGGUCUCCGCAAGUCCGGGAUGAGGCUCAGUGUUUUCGGCAAGACAGCCAGCUUGUGAACAGAUACCAUUACCCCUCUCUUCUUUUGUACCGCAUCGUCUCUAGAGCUCCACCUCUGUAAUUAUCGCUGUUUAAUUUAACGGGUUGCUCGUGUACACCAUGUAUUUUGUUAACAUUUUACACAAAUAAAUAAAAUGAUUAUUUUCGUUAAAACA